AUGUCUGAGCAGGGAAGAGGCAGUGCAGGAACCAUUGGAGUGGUGGUAGUUUUAUGCCUAAUGGUUCAGCUGGGGUGCAGCAACGCAGCCACUUAUAAGGUUGGAGAGUCUGGUGGCUGGAGCUUCAACACAGAUAGCUGGCCCAAUGGAAAGCAAUUUAGAGCCGGCGAUGUGCUUUUAUUCAACUAUGAUCCAACACUACACAAUGUGGUAGCUGUGGACAAGGGUGGCUACAGCAGCUGCACAACUCCGAAUGGUGCAAAGGUGUUUAAAUCUGGAAAGGACCGAAUAAGGCUAGGGAGGGGACAAAACUACUUCAUAUGCAAUUUCCCAGGGCAUUGCGAGUCUGGGAUGAAGAUUGCUAUCAAUGCUGUCUAG